UUUUGAACUUAACAGGAAGUGUGAAGUAUUUUUUAACGAUUUUUAAUUUUCGAAAAAAAGAGUAAAGUUUGACUUACAGUAAUUGUGACUUCAAGACUUGUAUUUCGUUCCUCUGUUCACGCUUAAUAACUGAUCCAACUCACUUAAAUUGAGCAUAUUGUUCUGGAGUAUCUCUUCGCCUCAUUUCUUUACUUAAUGUUGAAAUUUUAUGCUUAAAGCUAUUUUUAUGUUAAUUUUGUUCCAUUCUUCAACGUAAACAUUUUCCGUGGGAAAAGCAGCGAACGCACUAGCCAGAGUUUCGGCGCUACGCUUUUCUGUCGGCAAAGAAUCACUGGACUUCGCCUUUAAGGAGCGACAUUUCAAAUAUACCGCCGUCCGCGGUGGUCGCCUGGUUUAUCUUGAUCCUAAAACUCCUCGAGUGUAAAGAAUGCUAGAAGAUGGAAGAUCCUCAAAGCCGUCUUCCAGCGACGUUGCGCACACGUCUCCUAUUUGUUCUGCGUUUAAUCGACUGCUAGCAGCCAGGACCCACAGGCUGAGAAUCGACCACGUUGGCGUGGUCGCAGUGGUCGAGCUCCAGAGAUACCUGGCCCAGUUGCACGCGGCCCCCUGCAAUGAUGCCGUCGACUACAGCUACGAUGUGACCAUUACGGAUGGACGCUGUCAGGCCAAGUGUGGCCUGGCGCCUCAUCUCAACAGCCUGGUCCAGAAGAACAUGCUCAGGACAGGUGUGGACAUCCGCGUGGAACAGUGCUGUUUUGUCUAUGAUGAGAAGAAACUUGGCCAUGCCGCCAUCUGCAUAGAGAAGGUGGAGAUUGUCGCCGUGCCCUCAGUCAUUCUGCGCUCCAUUAGAGAUGUGGAUGCUUUGCCUCUUUGGUCCAUGAAGGAUGCUCCUGGAGAUGUGACUGUCCCACAGAGACGUGACGCACCCAUUCACACUUCUCGAAAGCAUUACCUGUCUCUCUGGAACAAUGAAGAUCCACACGGGUACAUGUGGGUCCCCCAAAUUCCCCCGCAAGACGUAGUGCUGGAUGUGUCAAAAACAAUUAGUGUCUGUGAUCUGGAAAACUCCUUCAAGAGUGUAUAUCGGCAUCUGCCCCUUCUCAUCCGCAUCAUACACAAAUCAAGGCUAAGAUUUUAUGGGAAGUUGGACACGAAAAUUGAUUUCCCAUAUCAGGCCUACUUUGAGGUUGCCGAUCACAGUGGCUCCAUAUCCAUGGUGCUGUGGAACGCGCUGUGUGUCCAGUGGUACCACAGGCUAAACGUGGGGGCUGUGCUCUAUCUGCAGAACUACACCGUCAAACAGAGCUACCAGAACAGGUCCCGGCCCUGUCUUGGAGACCCCCGGAUGAGAGCGUUCUCCUCAGUAGAAAUAUGUUUAAAUCCACGGGAUCCUGUAGCAGUCAUCACUGUUAUACCUCCCAGGAGUGUUCAGCCACAGUGGAGUCUACCGAAUGUCACUUACCACUUUACCACCAGUUUGGAGCUGGAAAGUUUGCCGCCUGAUUCGGUGUGUGACAUCAUUGGCCUGGUCACUUUCGUGGGUCGAUGUGAGAGGGUCAAGAACAAGGGGAGCGCAGUGCCUGAAAAGUACUGGACAUACCGCUGGGUUCAUGCUGUGGAUGGCACAUCAGAUGUUCCCUUUAUUCUGGAGAUAUUUGCAUCAUCACAACCAGAAAUAUUUUAUGGAAUAUGUCCAAUGACGUACCUGGUGUGCACUCAGAUGCGAGUCCGCCGAGAGGCCGGCACCCUUCCGUACCUCACGAGCUCCUGUGAGACUCAGAUAUUCACUACAGGGUUUCACAAAGGGCAGCCAUACGUGACCAGUCCCAAGGUGAAGAGCUUUAUCCAGUGGACAAAGACUCUGAAGGAGAGCGUGGUGUUGAAGAAGGCUGUCAUCGGCGGGAACUACUGCUACCCUCCGUCACCGCCAGUUUUCACCCAGAUGAUUGCCAGUGGUGCAGCCCAGUGCCCUGUGAUUGGUGCUGGCGAGCUGCAGCGAGAGCUACAGAGCCUGCAGUACCGGGAGAGGCGGCGACUGGCCAUCCAGGGUCAAAUCACAGCCGUACAGUACGUCGCAUGGCCCGAGGAAAGCCAAGGGCAUUCCGGGUUAACUACACAGGAAGCAGCAGACCUUGAUGCAGGAACUCCACAGUCCAAAGCGCAGGAAGCAGGUGUGCCAGAGACCCCUGCAGACACGGAGCCACAGCCCUCUUCAGAGGUCAUCAGUGCCAUACCAAAGCGCAAGAAAAAGCAGCACCAGAAGCGAGGAAUCAAGCGACGGUACCUCACGCGAGCAGCCCUUCACAAGCAGAGGGAGGCCCUGCCAAUGACAGACGAGUUUGCGGAAGAGGUGAGCAGUAGUUCCGAAGAGCAGAAUGACGAAGAGGAGGACGGCAGGCCGAAAGAAGGCGUUCCAGUACCUUCCUCAGAAGGGCGGUUGGCUAGUAACCGUCUCAGUGCAUCGUGGGAAAGCCGAACAUGGGAGGUGCUGAAAGGAAGCCUGACGGAACAUUUUCAGUGGGAUGCCCUACAGCAAGACAGCAUUCCUCGCAAGUUCACCUUCGAAGAGAAGGACUAUCUGCUGCGUCAGAACAACUUUCACCCAGCAAGAUGGACUCCAGAUGAGUUGCCCUCUGACCAAAGUGGGAUAGAGUUCGUCCCCGUGUCCUUUAAUGGGUACUUCAGAGUCACAGUCCUGGGGAUAAACCAGAAGACGGCCAUCGAUGCUGUCUUUGUGCCUGUGGUAUCAUGCGAUGACCCCAGGAGUGUGGGGCUGCCCCAAGAUGCUCACAACAACACGCUGCUUUCCUGCCUCUCCUCUGGCUUUAUUAGCCCCCUCAGUGAGCGGCCCCCCCACAUUGAUCCAGGGGAAGUCAUUCAAACAGCAGCGGAGCUGGAAGCCAUACAUGUUGUGUGCCUCGUUGAUCUCUGUCAUCUUGGAGGAGAGAAAGUGGAGGUUUUCAUCAACAAGGUGUACAAAAUGACAGAUGUUACUUUCAUAUAAAGUUCCAUGGGCGGUGCAAAUCCGCAGGGUGCAGCUCCAGUAAUCUGAUGAAUUUAGUUACAUUUGAAGGUAAUUUUUGUCUUUAAUGUUUAACAUAUCAGAAAUAUUUGCAUGAGAAAAUGCAGACCUUGUUGGAGUCAAUUAACUUAUUUUUUAUGUAUCAUCUAUAUUCUGUAUUUUAAUUCAUCUUAGAAGUGACUUUAGAGUGUCUGUUGAGAACCAGUAAUAA